AAACCAGUGAAUGCCUUCUUAAUGUGGAUAAAUUCCGCCGGGCGCAAGUACAUAAGAGCGAUGCAUCCCGGGAUCAGUCCCCAGGAAGUGUUUGUGAAGGGCAGUGAGAUGUGGGGAGCCAUGGUCGAUGAGGUGAAGUUCGUGUGGCAGGAGGCGGCACGCACGGCAAUGGCCGAUUACAAGAAGAAGGGCGCGGUCCGCAGUGUGGCAUCGUUAUAGUAAUAAUAAAAAAAAAAAAAAAUUUCUAUUUGAAAUUUACUUGGAAAAUUUGUUGUAGAAUUGGACUGUAUAUCGUUAAGAUCUAGAGAAAAACUAAAAAUAUCUAAAAGAGCACAAGAUAAGUAAUGCGAAAUUAAAGUCAAUGCCUACUAAAUACUUUUACUUUAUUAGAAAGGAUAUUUUUAUAUCACCAAUUUUCAGUAUUUAAAAAAGCGUUACCACGAUUUUCAACCAGGGCUCCCUAAGUAAUCGGCUAUCGAUUACCAUCUAUAUUUUGAAGGCUGCCUUGAAUGUGCACACCUCUGAGGGGUCGUGGGGUGGAGUCUAGGACAUCGGACAUCGGGCACUCUGCCUUCGAGUUGCAUUUCAAUUAGCCCGUUUAGCUGCUGGCAACCGGUCGAGAGGAGGCAGUGGGCCCACAAUGCAGCUGACACACACGUCGCCUGGGAUUCAGGGAUUGCCUUCGCCGCACGUCGAUCAGAUGGAAGGAGUGGACUUUGCGGACCGCACCGGCCAUCAGGCCAUCAGGCUAAGCGGCCAUCCUGCAGUCGUUUGUGGGCUUAGUAUACUUGCCAAAGGAUCUGCGAAACGAAUUGGGGAUUUCUCGCAGGAAUUAUUACCUACAGGAAGUUGAUUCGCUCGUUAUUGUGUUCUUUAUAGUCGCAAAUGGAUUUAGCUCAAAGAGAAAUCUGGC